AUGCCGCUGCUGCGUUCCGAACGUUGGGCUUCAGAAGCGUGGUAUAGUGGACCAGAAUACGAUGUGAAUGCAGCGUACGACGACCUUUACUCUUAUCGACCGCUCAUCCUCUUCACCGACCUCGUCUACGUGCUGUUCGUGUGGAAGAUUGCUCCACGUGCUCGUGGCAUCAAACUGGAUCCUAAGCUUCUGAAGGACGUGUCGAUUGUGUGGAACUGCUUUAAUGCUAUUACCUCGAUUUAUAUGUUUGUGUUAUUGGUGCCGGAGUUGAAAAUGGCUUUGGGGAAUGGUAUGUUUUUUGGAUUUUUAUACAUUUUAGGUAACAAUUUAUUAUUAAUUUUUUGAGAGUUUUUGGUUUUUUUUUAUUUUUGCAGAUUUUUUUGAAAUUUUUUCAUAUUUCAGGUAACAUUUUUUUAAUUUUUUAAAAAUUUUCUCUUUUUUAUUUUUAAACUCUUUGUUAAUUUUAGGCUGGUACUACACAACAUGUCGAGUAGGAACAUUCUACACAGGUCAAUCCAGUGGGCAUGCUAUGUACUUGUUCUGUUUGUCUAAACUAUGGGAACUUGGGGAUACUGUACUUUUGGUGGCAAGAGGAAGAAAACUAAUGUUCCUACAUUACUUUCACCAUUCCGUCGUGGUAAUUCAGGUCAUGUUCACGUAUUAUGGGGCUGGUAAGUUUUUUGCUUUUUGUUUUAUAUUGUAAUAGAUAUAGUAAAGGAUGUUAAAGGUAUUUUCACAAUCUGGAUUUAUAUGUUCAUGUGUCAAGCUCGGUUGUGUCAUAUCAACUAUCACUACUUCAGGUUCAAUGGCCAGACUAGGAACAGACAUGAACGCCUUUGUCCAUUCCCUGAUGUAUUCCUACUUUGCUCUAGUCAAUGUGUUUCCACAGAUCAGAAAGUACGCUCCAAUCAUCACAGUGCUCCAGCUGAGCCAGUUUGUCGUAGCGUGUGUUGGUAUGCUCAGUCUAUGUGGAUAUGUUUUAAGCGGAUACGAUUGUGAGACCAGUAAGACCAUCUUGCCCAUCCACUUCUUCAUCUACGUCAUGUUCUUCCUCUUGUUCAUGAAGUUCUUCAUGGACAACUAUGUUAAUAAUAAGGAUGGUCGCAAGAAUGGAACAAGAAAGGUGGAGUAA